AUGGCCGAGGCCAUCCACCACGAGAUCCACGCGCCGCUGGAGGCCUUGGACGCCACGGCGGCACCCCCCGCGCUGACGCCCACGAGGCCCCGGUCGGCGGAUGCGUCGCGCCCCGCGCCGCUCGAGCCCGGGUCGCCGACGACGCCGCAGAUCCCGUCGCCGUGGAAGCGAAGCGCGGGUGGCCUGGGGGAGAAGUGGUGCGACAAGGUGGAGAGGGUUCGAUCCUCGAGCCCGUACGGUACCCUGCCCGGGUGGUCGCUCAAGCCCGUCAUCAUCAAGGCUGGAGACAACUGCCGGCAGGAGCUCCUGGCCAUCCAGCUCACGCAGCAGUUUCGCCAGAUUUACCGCGAAUCCGGGCUUCCGCUCUGGAUCCGUCCCUUCGAGGUCAUCGCGCAGAGUACCACGUCGGCGUUCAUCGAGGCCGUCACCGACGCCCCGUCCAUUCACGCCAUCAAGAGCAGGGCGCCGCGGGGCACCAGCCUGAGGCAGCACUUCGAGGCCAGGUUCGGCGCGCCCGGCCAGCCGAGGUUCAGGCAGGCGCAGCGGAACUUUGUCGAGUCGCUCGCGGGAUACUCCAUCCUGACGUACAUCCUGCAGGUGAAGGACCGCCACAACGGUAACAUCCUGCUGCACGACGACGGUCACCUCAUACACAUCGACUUCAACUUCAUGCUGUCCACCUCGCCCGGGGGUAUCAACUUCGAAUCGUCCCCCUUCAAGCUCACUCGCGAGUACCUCGAGGUGAUGGACAGCGACGACACGGGCGCCGCGUCGGAGGCUUUCAACUACUACAAGGUGCUCUGCAUUCAGGGCUACCUGUCGGUGAGGAAGCACGCCGAGCGCAUCGUGCAGCUGGUGGAGAUGAUGUCCGCGUCGGGUUGCCCCUGCUUCAAGGCUGGACCUAAGGUUUUGCAGAACCUCAGGCGGCGGUUCAACAUGGAGUGCACCGAGGAGCAGUGCGUCGAGAUCAUGCUCGGUCUGAUAUCCGACUCUAUGGACGCGUGGUGCACCAGGCAGUACGAUUUCUACCAGCGCGUCCUGAACGGCAUCUUGUAG